AUGGCUACCAUCACGGGGAGCAGACCCGCCGGCACGUCUCUGUCUAAUAAGCAGGAUCCCGCGCCGUCUUCCCAUCAAUACACUUGCAACACAUGCCAAGUAGCCUUCCGCUUUGCUGAUACCCAGAAAGGUCACAUGAAAAGUGAUUGGCAUCGAUACAAUCUUAAGCGUCGCGUUGCGUCACUACCUCCAAUUGCAUCUGAGGUCUUCACCGAGAAAGUCCUACAAGCCCGUGCUGCGACCAGCGCUGAAGCGGACCGUGCCGGAUUUCAACAAAUUUGCGAGGUCUGUCAACGGACUUACUAUAGCGAGAACUCUUUCCGAAAUCAUAUUUCGAGUCAGAAACAUAAGGCACGAGAGGCAGCCGUGCAACACCGAGGACCCAAUCAUGAUGAUGCUAGUUCCGUUAUGAGCUCCACCUUCUCUCUCGGCGACCCUGUACCUUCAAAUAACAACGAGGAAGUCGAUUCUGUUGCCGAAGAUGAGUUCAACGAAGUAGUCGAAGGUAUCCAAAAGGCUAGUUUAACAGAACGUCCUUCCCCAGUCAAGCGCCCAUCAAAUCCCCAUCCUUCAGCCGAGGCCCAACACAAGAGAGAACAUCCCGUAUCGGAAGAUCCUAGUGAGGCUGCGUCUGGCACUUCAACCCCGGUUCCGAAUCUUACAUUGAAGUCAUGCUUAUUCUGUAAUUAUGACUCGCCGACCGUCCCGUUGAACGUCGUUCACAUGGAGCGCAUUCACAGCAUGUUUAUUCCGGAGAAGCAAUAUCUGGUUGAUAUGGAUGGCCUUAUCGGCGCAUUGCAACAGCGGAUUCAAGAAUUUCAUGAAUGCCUGUACUGCGGUAAAAUUAAGAACAGCGCGAUUGCUGUACAAACGCAUAUGCGUGAUAAGGGUCACUGCAAGAUACCUUAUACCUCAGAAGAUGAGCAGGUCGAUAUUGGUGAUUAUUAUGACUUCAGAAGCACAUACUCAGAUGGCGAAGACUCGGAAGAUGAGUCAGUAGACGAUGGAAAGCAGAACGGGGGAGCUAAGCUCGGGGCCAGACGAUCGGCCAAGGCUGUAGGAGAAAAUGGAGACGAGAUUAUGGAGGAUGAAGGUUGGGAAACGGACAGCUCUACUUCGUCUUGCAAGUCUGAAGAUCUGGGCCCCAUUCCCGUCGAUCACCAUUAUCGACAGUACGAAAGACUCGAAAAGCAUCCUCACCACACAUCUCACGAUCCGCGACACCACCAUCAAAUGGAUGGAUGGCACUCACAUGCUCAUAAACAUCGUGCCAUUUUUUACGAUGAUACCGAGCUACAUCUUCCUUCGGGUCGUGCAGUGGGCCACCGAUCUCUAGCUAAGUAUUAUCGUCAGAACCUACACAACCACCCUUCACCUGAGGAACGUGCAGAGAGACUUGCUAUUGAAGCAGCUUCAUCUGAAGGUGAUGCCAUGGAAGUUGACGAUGAUGCCAAGAACGGAAACGGCCAGGUUUCUCGACGUGAAGGUCGCGGGCGUAACGGUGCCGUUGUAAGCCGAGCGAAUGGUGGAACUGGUAUGUUGGGAGUGACAGAUCAGAAGAAGAAGGAAGUAGCUCGUGCCGAGCAGAGAAGCCGCAAGCAAGAGCAUAAGGCGGCAAGACAAAAGGAAUGGGCACUUAGCAAGCAGGCUAACCACCAGAAAUAUUACAACUACCAGAUCUUGUGA